CCGGAUUUGAACUUAUGUCCUCUUGAAUCCAGGGCCGGUGCUUUAUCCGCUGCGCCACCUAGCUGUCCCCAUCUAUGCCUUAUCUAAGACAAAUAGCACAGGGCCAAGCGCAGAUAUCUGAGACACUCCACUAAACACCUGCCAAAUUGACAUUGAACUAUUAAUGACUACUAUUUGAAUCUGAACAGUCAACCAUUUCCGCCAAACUGACCUUAAAAGACUCUUUAUAUAAAUUUUUUUCAAAAGCUUUUGAUGACUUCCUGACAUAUGUAGGAUGAUGUCCAAACAUUUUAGCAUGUCAUUCAAUUGAAUUCAGCUAAAUUUUUUUUAUAACUAUAAGCACUGGGGGACGUGGUUCUCCCAGUGGAAUAACCUUGUCCAUCAUUAACAUACUGAAACCAGUACAAAGCCAUAUUUUUACUGUGACUCUACUUCUAAGGAAACAAAGUGUUUAACUGGCCAUCCACUGGCAAUAUAGACUUACAUAGGUUGGCCUGGGGUUCCCCAGUGCACUACUCAUGAAGUUAGAUGCCUUUGCACCCCAAGAGUAACAGUCAGCAAGGAAAACAGCUCCAAAGGACAGAACAUCAGAAAGCCUGAUGGGUGAAAAUCAUUCUUUGCUCUUUUAAAAGUGACGCUAGAAUUCAUUACCAAUCAGGACCCUUAUGGUUAUUCUUCAUGGUAGUUAAGCUUGGGGUUAUUCAGCUUUGCACAUAAAGCUCAGUUUGGAAAUAUACAGUUUAACAGAUGUUAUAUUGGGAGGUUGCCACAUACAGAAGAGGAAACUGACUUGCUCUAGGUCACCCAGUUAUCAGCUGGAGAUGUAUAAACUAUCAUUAUAGUAAUAAUUUUAAAUUUCUGGAACAUAAACAAACUCUAAACAGGAUGAGGCUAUUUUUUUUUUUUAGAAAAGAGCAGUCCUCCAGGUAAGACCUUGAGAAACAUACUUGCAAAAUUUUUGAGAUCUAAUCACAGAGAUUGUAUUUUACAAGAACAAAAUUAUCCCUCAAUUAUCCCUCAGAUCUUGGAGGAAAAGGUGUGUGUAUGGGGAAGGGGACGUAUACAAAGUGAAAAGAAACUUAGCUAUUACAAGUUCAGAAUCUGGCCACACUGACUUUUAUCUUAAAAAAAAAAAAAAAGGAAAUAUUUAAGGAGUUAAAGGACUUGAAAUAAUUGGUAAAUGGGUCCUACAGAGACUUGAAAAUAGACAAAUUAGAGGGAAAACUCACAGAGACCAUCAUCAUCAUUAUUAUCAUCAUCAUAGCUAGCAUCUAUAAACUACUUUAAGGUUUAUACAUGGUCGUCUCAUUUUAUCCUCACAACAACCUGAAGACAUAGAUGUCUAUCUUUACCAAUGGUUCCCCAUUUUAAAGAUGAGGAAACCGAGGCAAACCAGCCAAGUGACUUGUUCACGGUCGCAUAGCCAGUAAAUAUCCGAGACCAGAUUUGAGCUCAGGUCUUACUGACUCCAGGUCCAGCUAUCCACUGAGCCCCCUUGCUUGCAAAUGGUUGUGUAUAUAAGAAAGGGAAAAAAAAACCCUACAAUGUUUUAAGUAUCUUACCUGGACUGUUUUUGAGAAGGAAUUGUGGUUCUUCUGGGUUUGAAAGAAGGUUGAUUUUUUUUUUUGUUCCCUGUUGCCUAGCAACAGUAUCUGCUUUCUGAGAACCAACCUAGGUAAGUACAGAGAGGCUCAGCAUCUCUAGUUUUGCUACUUGGUGAUCCACUCUUUGGCUAUAGCAACUUAUGAGACAAAGAAAUACACAAAACAGCUCAUAGCCAUUGUCCACUGUGAGGACAGUGGCAGAGUGGUAGAAAAUAAGUUAGAAAUACCACAAUUUUUAGACUAUCUACAAACUUCAACUUACAGCUGUUGGUUUUCUCUGAGACCCUUAUCCAAUGAUAGUGAGUAUGAAUGUACCAUUCACUGGAGUCUUGAAGUUCUCAGCAAAAACAAAAGCAGAAGAAAGAAGCCACAGCUAAAUGGGAACAAUGGCUCAUAGGUACUCCUUAGACAGACAAAUAAAAGAGUUCAUCUAAAGGCAACAAGAAACAUUUCAUGGGACAUUUGGUCAUCUUAUACUUCAGUGUAAGUAGUACUCGUGAUAAGUAUUUGGGGAAAAAAACCAUGGUGAAAAUAAUCGCAGCAUAUUUACCAUCAGUUGCAGAAAGAUGUAGAGAACUCUGAAGAACUUGGUAAGAUCCUCCAAAUUCAAUCAGUUUAUACUUUGAUUGUUGUUGUCAAAGGAUAUUAAAGAAGCAUAUGGUGUGUGUGAGAAGGCUGCAAUGUAUAACAAAUGAAAAACUUCAAAGAAGGGGAGUAAAAGAUGAUCUCUGGGAAUGUAUGAAAGAAAAAAGAUGUGCUAGUCAUGUGGUAAGGAUUAAGGAUGAGAAAUGAACAGCCCUCCUGCUCCACCGUGGACAUAUCAGAAGAAAGCAAGGAAGGACCCCUGGAGUGUUAGAUGCCUACUAAGUGAGAUUGGUGAAGACCCCUCAUAAAAUUUAAACUUAAAUAAGUAAAAUAAAGUAAAGACCCCUAAUAAUAAUAUAUGUGCAUAUGUGUGCCCAGGUCAGGAAGCUUGUAAAUAGUCUGGAUGGAUAUGUUCAAAUUGUUGCAAAAAUAAUCACCACCACAAAUUAUUCCAGGAUCUGAAAUGAACAAAAACAGGAUGUACUAAGAGGAUACUUGAAGGAGUGGAAGGCAGGUGCAACCUAUGUAAUGAUUCUGUAAUUUCCUCUGCUGUUGCUGGGGUAGUUUUUUUUUUUUUUUUUUUUUUUUUUCCGUGUUUAGAUUCUGCCCUCUGAAGCCCAGCCAAUGGGUUAAGAGGUAGGGGCUAGGGAGGAGUUGCGGAUGACACCACCUGCGGUCUUACAAAGAACUGCCUUUCAGUGUGAGUCGCCCUUUCUCAAGAUCGAAAUAAAAUCUUUUCUACUUUCUACCUGGAGAAGCAUUUGAAUUAAUUUGGGUAAGGGUCUUCGCUGUCCCACACACUACCAUCCCCAAGAUAUGGCAAAACAUGGACAAAAGCUGUACAGGAAGGACGUGUAUGGAUUUUGAUCCGCUUGGUUGAAGGAGCAUCCAAAUUGAUGUAAUCUUAGAUUGAACUGAGUACCAGUCCUAGUACAACUCACCUUACUUGAGUGUUACUGACAAAUGUGUAUAUUUACACAUGAAAGUUUCCAUGAUUCUAAACCCCAGUGAUUUCACCCUUCUCUAUAUUGUUUUUUGCGUCAAUACUCAGUACCAGAAAUUCUUGGUUAUCUGCCCAGAUACAGACUAGAUGGCUGCUGAAAUCACUGAAAAUUCCGAGAAUCUGUGAUCCGAGAAUGUCUGUACAUUUGGCGGAUCCUUCCAUUCUGGGACCAGGAUGUGAAGGGCUUUAAAGGCCAAACAAGGAAGUUUGCACUGAUUCUAGGGGUUUCCCAGGCCCCAAACCUGCCCUCAUCUGCUGGAUGGAUGAAGAGACAGAGGUCUGGGGUCCGGAUGCCCAGGACCCCGAGGAGGCGGGGGAAAGAGGAACGGUAAAUAUAGGAGGAGUCAGGAACAGGGCUGAGAAGUGGAAGAGAGAAGGGCCUGGAGUCCAGGAAGCUGAUGAAGCACAUAGGAAGAACAGUCAGUCAGUUGAGGCUCUGCCAGGCCCACACCAAGAACAAGGAAACUCUUCUUGCACUGACUGUGGCAAGACUUUGCAUAAACACUCUAUCACUGCACUCCACCAAUGUAAUCCCAACCGAAAGCGGUCAUAUGUGUGUCCUGAUUGUGGACGCCACUUUGCUUAUCCCUAUUUACUAGUCAGCCACCAGCGAAUGCAUUCUGGGGAGCGUCCCUAUCCUUGUAAUCAGUGUGAGGCACGAUUCUUCCAAAAGAAGUACCUAGUCCAACACCAGCUAAUCCACACAGGUGAGAAACCCUACACGUGCCCUGAAUGUGGACGCUGUUUCAGACAGAGAAGGUCCCUAGUCAUCCAUCAGCGGCGCACACACACAGGUGAGAAGCCCUAUUCCUGUCCUGACUGCAAGCGCCAAUUUGUCUAUCCCUACCAACUGGCUACUCAUCGUCGUACUCACACAGGGGAGAAACCAUACUCCUGUGCUGAGUGUGGCUGCCGAUUCACAUAUUCUUCCUUACUGAUAAGCCACAGACGUAUUCACUCUGAUGAAAGGCCCUUUCCCUGCCCUGAGUGUGGCAAGCGGUUCAAACGGAAGUAUGCCCUUGAAGCACACCAGUGGAUCCAUCGUUCUGGCGCUGAGAUUUGGAGAAGCAUGCCAUCAGCAAGACAGUCUGCAGCAGAAUCCUCUGACCAGGGUGCCCGGGAUCCCCCUGUGCACUGCCGUUAUUACCCAGAUAUAUUCCAGGAAUGUGGGUGAAGGAAUCUGGGAGAGACCUGAAGAAGCUCACACCACUAGCUUGUAUCUUCUCUAUGAAGUACGAGGUCAGGCCAUCUGUGUGUUGGGAGGGAGUGAUAAGAGCUCAGGGUUUAAAGAGUCAAGAGGUCUGGUAGAACUGCUGUGAGGAGUGUUACAGAAACAGAAGGAGAUGGGUUAAAGGACUGAUGAUCUCCAUUAGGAGUUUAAGUUGGACAGCUACUAGAACAGAUCUAGUUCUGCUGGAUUAAGGUUGAGACUCCAGCCUUUCUUGGUACCCUGCUCAGUGCCAAAGUGUUUUGGAAUCAAGAAGGGAGUUAAGUGUAGGUUCUACCCCUGGGGCUCUCAAUGUAAGAACAAGACAAGAAGGCAACACUCCCUCCCCUACAAUUUUGCCCAAACUGGACACAGGUUUGAUUUUCUUUUAUAAGGCAUUGCCUUAUGAAAAACUUGAUAGGUGGUGUCCCACUCAGACAUGGGAAUGCUUUGUGGCCAGUGAGCCUUUUAGAUGAUCCAUUCACUCACCCCAUAAAAUAGAAUGACUCUAGGCAGCUGGCUAGUCACCUUGAAGUUUAAAUAUAAAAUCUCUGGUUCCUACCAGUGUGUGUCCUGCUGGUAUCCAUGUCCCAUUCUAGAAAAGAUGCUCCAUAUAUUAUCUACCAAAUUUAUGUUACUCUAAAAGGGAAAAUGUCCAUUGUUUUAUGGCAGAGGCCUAAGACACAGUCUCUUCUUUUUACCCUAAUUUCUGUCCCUCUGUUUUCCUUCAGUUCAAGACCUGAGUAUUAAGACUGGAGAGUGGGGUGCCCCAUGUGUAGGGUAGCUAUAUAGUACUGUCAUCCUCACUGUAGUACAUUUUCUUCCACUGGGACAAAUAGAAUUUUAGCUGAUUCAGGCCUGCCAUGGAAACAGACUUCUUUAUUAAUAGAUCUCUUUACUUUUAUCUCCAGUUACAAGCAACUCACAAGGCUCUUUUAAUUUGUAACACAAUUGUUCCAUCACUAUACUGACCUUCUUUCUCAUGGCAGGAACAUGUAAAUGUCUUUCUAUUUUUUUGCUUAUCCUUCUGACCUUUUAUACAGAUGUUUCUCUGUUCUUGCUCAGUUUUGUAAAAAGCUUUCUAGACUGUCCCUUACAAGUGCCUUAUUCAUAAUUGUCUUGACUAUUAAAUU